GGGGCAAAACAACAAACAGCGCUUGGGCACGUGUGGGCGGGGCCAUGAGGAAGGAGAGGGGACAGAGAGAGAGAGGGAAGGCAGAAGGGAAGAGGAGGCAGCCCUGCCGGCCGCUUGCCCUCCUAACGCCUCGCCUGGGAGAAGCCCCGCCCUGAGCCGGGCGAGCCCCUUCCUUGCGCCGCCCUGCCCUGCCUUGCCCUGCCCUGCCCGGCAUUCCCGUCCGCCGCCUGCCAGCGCGAUUCCUGCCUCGUCUCCGUUUGACAGCGCUGCCAAGGAGGGAGCUCGGAGGCGCCUCGGCCUCUCCCGUGGGGGAUGCAGCCGGGCGGCGCCGAGGUCCGCGCCGGGGACCGCCUCACCAGCGCUGCCGCCCGAGGAGACCCCCAGGAAGUGCGCCGCCUUCUCCGGGAGGAGCUCCUCCGGCCGGACGCCCGAAACCGCUUCGGAAAGACCGCGCUGCAGGUUAUGAUGUUUGGCAACGUCUUUGUGGCACAGGAGCUGCUGAAGCAAGGCGCCAACCCCAACCUUCAGGAUGCAUCAGGCACGGCCCCUGCACAUGACGCCGCCCGCACUGGCUUCCUCGACACCCUGAAGGUCCUGGUGGAGCACGGGGCCGACGUCAACCUCCCAGACGCCUCCGGCUCGCUCCCCAUCCAUGUUGCUACCCGGGAAGGCCACGCUGAGGUGGUGCGCUUCCUGGCGCCCUUGUCCCGGCUGCGGCACCAGGACUUGGAGGGGCGCACGCCGCUGGAGCUGGCGCGGCAGCUGGGCCUCUCGCCCAUCCAGGGCAUCCUGGAGCAGCACCUCUCUGCCCCAGCUUAGGGCAAAGGCGCGGGGAGGGGGCAGCCUCUGUGCCUGGGCAAAGGGGGAAAGCGAUCAACACGGAACAUAUUUCAUGCUCUCGUGUUUAGUCCCAUUUUCUCCCCUCUCCCCCCCAAAAGGACUCUCCCUUCCUUCCCCUCCCUCCAAUGGGCCAUGGAACAAAGGCAGCUCCUCUUGCCCUACCUCAGAGUGUGUGUUCAAUAACCUUUGCUGUUGUUUCUAUUUAUGGGCCUGUUCAUGAGUUUUUUCCUCUUCUCUUUUGAUUAUUUCUUCCAAACUCAAGCCAUUUCUCUGGGAUCCAGGUGUGGAAUGCUCCAUUCAGCCCCCUUCUACACUACCAUAUAAAGAUUAUCUGCUUUGAACUGGAUUAUAUGGCAGUGGAGACUCAUAUAAUCCAGUUGAAAGCAGUUAAUGUGGAUUGUCUGAUAAUCUGGAUUAUAUGGCAGUGUAGAAGGGGCUUCCGUCCUUUGCUUUGGGCCUGAAGAGGAAAAAGUGCACCAGAGAUCUUGGGAAAGUUACAUUUCUGGACUCCAAUUUCCAGAAUCCUCCAGUCAUGCUGGGUAGAAGGUCCUGGGAGCUGCAGAUCACAAAUGUAACACUAUUCCCAUGUUCAGUGGAGAGUGCUUUAACCCUCUCUUAGCAUUGUUUCCCACUCCUUGCAUUGGGAAGAUCCCCUAAAUUCAGAAUGGAUGCAAAGAGUGUGUCCGUUGCCAAGCAAAGACCUUGUCUUCUUUGCCACUUGCACAAGAAAUCCCAGUGUUUAGAUAGUUUGUCUCCACAUCCUUGUUCCAUUUGAUUUUUCCUUUUGGAGAAAGAUAUUGUUUAUCUUUCUCCAAUUUGUAAUACAAUAAAUGUGUUAUUAUUAUAUUAYAAAUCCUCUGAUGUGUUUUACAGGGUGAGGCAGCAUAACUUCCUUUUUUCAAAACUUAACAAAACCCAUUGUAUGAAUCAGA